UGUCAUCCUACUCUCUCCUGGCCUGUAAGGUUUCUGCUGAGAAAUCCUCUGAUAGUCUUAUGGGGUUCCUUUUGGUCCAGAUGAGUGAGUUGACAUCUCAAGAGGAACCCAAACCUGCUCAGGAAAAUGGAAAAGAAGACAAAGAAAGGAACCAGGAAGCAACCGAAGUAAAAGAGCCUAUUAAGAGUUCACGGAGUAUACCAGACAGUUUGGCAUUAGGCACCUGCAGCAAUGUGGCAGGAACAGCAGCAAAUAAAGUCAAAUCCCAAGAAUUAAACCUGGAGGAGCAGCCAAAAAUCUCUACUUGUUCAAUAAAGGACUCUAGAAUCUCAAAGAAUACUGUAUUUAGAAAACCUGCAAAAGUGAUUUUCAAUUUAGAUCAAACUGCAGAGAAUUCAAAGCUAGAACAGUCAUGGAAGAAAAAUCUUUUUGAAAGAGUGCAGGCAAGAGCCCAGGCAAUGCAGCAGAAAAUCAUAGAUAAGGAAAAUCUGAAGAAGGAACUAGAAAAAAAGGCUGAAGAAAAACUCCCCAGGAAUAAUUUGGCCAAAGAGUGGUUUAAUACUGAAAACAUGACACUGAACACUCGUGCGUAUUUGCUCGACAAACUUCUACCCACCUUAGUUCCUGGAAUGGAAAAAAUGUUAAUGCAAGUGGAAAAGAAAAAGCUUUUGGCAGAAGUUGAUAUUCCAACCAAGUUUGAUCCAAUUAACCAUUUGGGGGAAUACUUAAUGAGAAACAACCCUAAUUAUAUCAAAGACUCAGGAAUGUCUGGUUAUCAGAGGGUGAUGAGAAAUAUCGCAGAAGACCUGAAGAUAUACAUUCCGAACACUACUUACAACAGAGUAUCCAAGAUGAAGGAGAAUAUUAAACAGAAACGAGAACAAAGAGAAUGCAUGAACAAAGUCAAAGCCAAGGUGGCCAACACAUGGAAACAGGCUCUGCAGGAACAGUUCAAUGAGUGGAUUCUAGACCCCAAAGGAAUGAUUCCUAUGAUAGUGAUUCAGAAUGUUCUUCAUGAAUUUUUUCAAAAUCCAGAUUUCCAGCUUGCAUGCUGCCAACAAUUGGAUAUUGCUGACUCAAUGGAACCAAGACUGAACAAAAUGGAAUUUAUAGAAUUCAUCUCUUCUCACAUUGCAGGCUUUACAAGUGAAAUGUUUGAGGAGCUCCUUAAGCACCUUUGCCACUGUGCAGAUGAAUUCAGGGAGGUUAUAAAAACUGACAUGCGGAGACAGAUGUUUGCUGAACUCUUCUUGCAUUGUGACCGUGGGAAGGUAGGGUUUUUGGAUCGGCAGAGGACAUUGGCUUUGCUGGAAACAUUCUAUGACCAAAGUUCAAAAGCGCUCAGAGGUUUACUACGAAACCCAAGACAAUGGCCGUUUGUUGAAUUUGGAGAGAUAGACUUGCCUGAGUUCUGGGGAGACAUGGAUAAUCAGAAGCACAUUUAUGAAGACUUUGACAAAGUACUCUUAGAGAUGAAUACAUUACUUUCUGAAAAACAUGCUAGCAAAAGCCAAAGUAAAUUAUUAGCAAAUCCAGAAGAUCAACAUAAACAUGAUAAACAUAGAAAAUCAACACUACCACAAAGCCCACCAGAACAGCAGAGAGGGACAACUGCAAACCAAGAACCAAACAGAAUUUCAACCAACGAACAAGAACAAGACAAAGAGUCAACUGGAGAACAAGAAAUGAACAAAGAAUCAGUAACAAAAUGAGGAACCUACACAGGGUCAACUCCAGAGCAAGGAUCAAGUGGAUAGUUAAUAAUAGAACAAAGACCACAUAAUGAGUCAACAACAGAACAAGGAGUACCACCAGGAAUCCACACUGAACCAGCUGCAGAGCAAGGACUUUACAGAGAAUCAGUAACAGCACAAGGACAACAUGAAGAGUCAACAACAGGACAAGGAUCACACAGAGGGUCACCUGAGGAACAGGGACCACAUAGAGAGUCAGUAAGAGGGUCAAUUGCAGAACAGGGAUCACACAGAGAGUCACUCUUAGAUCAAGGACACCCCAGAAGGUUAACUGCAGAACAGGAAGCAUGCAGAGAAUCCCUAUUAGAUCAAGGACGACCCAGAGGGUCAGUUGCAGAACAAGGAGCACGCAGAGGGUCAACUGCAGAGCAACAACCACCCAUAGAGACAAUUCCAGAAAAACAAGAGGACAUAGAGUCAACUUCACAAUCAAGAAAAGGUAGUAUCUUAAGAGAAAGUGAAAAAUCUAGGGAGGCUAUUUCCUUUGAGUACACUGAAAUCCUUCCACAGAAGGAAAGGACUCAGGGGCAGAUCUAUGAAGAGCAACUAGUCAUGAGUCCUGAACUGCAAGAGAAAAUUUCAGUAUCAAGCAGAAAAGGUCAUCUUUCAGAAACUGAAAAAAAGGAAGUUCAGAAAGACAACUCCUGUGAACCCAAGUCCCAAAAAAUAGAAGGAAAAUCAUGGUCAGGUGAACUUUUGACUUGUAACUGGAACACGAAGUAUGCCAAAUGUGAAGAGGAGGAACAGGCAAACUUAAUCUAUGGUAACUCCAGGUUCACAGACCUACAGUCGAUGAUCAGAAAUAUUCAGUCUUACAAGGAAAUAAAAAGUAGGAGUGCCUUCAAUGGAGUUUCCUUCAAUCUGCUCCAGUUUGUGCAACUCCUGGAGACAUUUGUUGGUGAAGAUGCCCCCUUGAGUGUCAGCAAAGCCCUCACCUCCUUUUUUAAGAAGGGCUUUGUUGAAACAAAAGAAGAGAAAAUGAGUGGCUUAGAAGAGGCUAGACAAAAUGCUUCCCAAGUCCGACGGGGACUUCUCCUAAAUGCCCUCUUUCAGAAGUGGGACUGUGAUGGCUCAGGCUUCCUGGAUCUGAAUGAAGUUGAUGAACUCUUGUACACAUACAAGGAGGGAAUGGAAAAGGAAUCUAUGAAGAAAGAUCAUUCUCGAAUUGAAGUAUGGAAAUUUGGUAAUACUGCUAUCGAAUACUUAUACCACUGGGCACACAUCUGUUCAGCUCUUAUGAAGCUGAACAAAAAAAUAAAUAGUGCCAUUUCACCCCCAUUGCCAUCCAAGACUGACUCCUAUGUGUAUGCAAAAUGCCAGGGGGAAGCUUGCUAGGGAGAUGCUAAUGGAAUUGCUACUGUAUUUAGGGUAUUUUUGUCAUGUUCAGUUUUGUUAACUAUAAAAUAAAAUAUUUUCAUUUGGAAAGGAGUGCCACAUAAACAUAUUCUUCUCCUAGACAUUUAUCUCAGCGCUUUAUAAAACCAAAAGUGCUACCUAAGGAGAAAUUUGAUCUAAAAAAUAUCCAGUUAAGGUAGCCAUAACCAAAUGUAUGUUAUAAGAAUAUAUUUUAAAGUUUCUUUUUAGUUUUAGCAUUGUAUCUGGCAUGGGACUAUUACGGUUCAUUGGGCAGAGUUAUUUUAAUUUUUUUAAGGUACAAGUGAAGAAAGACUCAGGAUUUAGAAAAAAUGGCAGUUUUUACAUCAAAAGCGCACCAAGUAAUAAGGAUUUUAAGAAAUGGACUGGGAAUUGUUUUUCUAAUUUUUCAAAGACUUCCUCCCCAUCCCCAUCUCCA